AAGCCCAACUUUUCUGAAAUUGAAGUGAGUUUCUUCCCGAAUCCCUUAAAGUUUCAAACUUUUCAAUUAACUUAUUCCUCUUUCUCUUGUUUCUAUCCGAAUCGUGUGAGGGUUUUCAUUUUCUAUGCUCUGAUUUGGUCUCAAUCGAUGUACGUUUAUAAUGAAUGUGUGUUCUAAAUUGUAAUAAAAAAUGACUAGUAGGUACUAGUUGACAGCUCUCCACAGUUGAAAAUCUCUCUUUUGUAUGAGUCUUUUGGGACAGAGAUGGCAUUAAUUCAGAAACCAGUGGUGUGCAAAGACACUAAUAAGAUCUUCAUGAAGCAAAUACUUGCGUUUACUGAACAGGUGACCAUUACACAGAACAGUAAGCUCUCGCCACGCACAUGGCACAAGGAAGUGAUAUAAACGGACUAACUUGUAGUCUCUUUCCCCUGUCAAGAAUUAGCAAAUCAUCCUUCUUUUACUUGGUAUCAUUGACUUUUUUUUUUGGUGGUUGGGGAACUUAAAUAUGUGUUUUUUGGUAUCUCUCUCUCUGCCCCCUCUUCUUGGUAUCAUUGACUUUUUUUUUUGGUGGUUGGGGAACUUAAAUAUGUGUUUUCAAACGAUUUUUGUGUGAUGAUUUUAGGAUUGUGAUGGACAGUUCUGAAGCACAUCUAGAUAGAAUUGAGGCACAGAGGUCAACGGAUGUGUCUCAUGACCAACAGAAAAAAAGAUACUUCCCAAUGAAUCUGAUAAACAAAGUCGCAAGCAAACUCUGUUCACGAGGAGGAGAUGGCGCCACGCCACCUAUGGGAGACAAUGAAUCUGGGCUAGAGUUCCUCAACAACCUCAAAUUAUCGGAUCUUUUCCAUCUCCCGGGUGAAAAUGUCCAGAUGAAUACGGAAGUUUUUAGCGGACUGAGUGAUGGGGACAAAGAGUGUCUGGAGAUGUUGAAAGGCGUUGGAACGCCAAUGGCAUGUCUCAAGAGCGAUAGAGGAGAUUCAGUUCUUCAUCUUGCUGCUAGAUGGGGUCAUCUAGAACUAGUGAAGAACAUUAUCUCUGAAUGCCCAUGCCUUGUAUUGGAGUUAAACUUCAAGGAUCAGCUUCCGCUUCAUGUGGCAGCUCAUGCCGGUCAUUCGGCUAUUGUUGAGGCUCUUGUUGCGUCGGUAACAUUUUUUUCAGAUAGACUGGCUGAAGAAGAUAGAGAGAGACUAAAUCCAUAUGUUCUCAGAGACAAAUAUGGAAAUACUGCUCUGCACUUGGCCAUUGAAGGACGCUAUAUGGAGAUGGCUGCCUCUCUGGUGAACGAGAACCAGAAUGCUUCUUUUCUUGAAAAUAAUGAGGGAAUAUCUUCCUUGUACAUGGCAGUAGAAGCUGGAGAUGUGACUCUUGUGAAAGAAAUUUUGAAAACCGCAGGUAACAAUGACCUUGAAGGGAGGAACUCUAACUUAGAUUCAAAGUUGGAAGGGAGAAAACAUCUUGUACAUGUUGCUUUGAAUGCCAGAAGUAUAGGUGUCCUUGAUGUUAUUCUUAACGAAUAUCCAAGUCUUGAGGACGAGCGAGAUGAAGAAGGAAGGACUUGUCUAUCCUUUGCAGCAUCCAUAGGGUUUUAUAAAGGAGUAUGCAACCUGUUAGACCGAUCAACAAAGAAUGUUUAUGUCUGUGACGAAGAUGGUUCUUUUCCAAUACAUACGGCUGCAGAGAACGGCCAUAUCAGAAUUGUCAAAGAGAUUCUAAAACGUUGUCCACAUUCAAAACACAUGCUCAACAAACUUGGCCAGAACGUUCUCCACAUUGCAGCAAAGAUUGGGGAACAUAAUCUUGUAAAAUCGUUGAUGCGAAGUGAUGAUACAAAACAUUUGGGUGUUGGUCAAGAUGUGGAUGGUAAUACACCUUUGCACCUUGCUGUCCUAAAUUGGCGCUACCGAUCAAUUAGAACGCUAGCUUCGGAUGUAAAGAUACUGCAACUACGAAACGAUAACGGCUUAACAGCUAGGGGUAUUGCCGAGUCAGUGCUGAAACCCAACUACAUCUUUCAUGAGAGGUUGACACUGGCAUUCUUAUUAGACGCUCACGCGUUUAGGGGUUGUGGAUCUGUUAAGUCGUUAACAAAACCAUCAGAACCACUAGACCAUGAAAAGAGCAGAGAUUACGUCAACACUCUUCUACUGGUAGCAGCACUUGUAGCCACAAUGACGUUUGCUGCAGGUUUUACAAUACCAGGUGGCUUUAAUAGCUCUGCUCCACACUUAGGAAGAGCAACUUUGACCACUGACCCAAAUCUCUUCUUUUUUCUGCUAUUUGACAUAUUGGCAAUGCAAACAUCAGUUGCAUCAAUAUGUACUCUUAUAUAUAUGGGCGCAGUUGGGUGAUCCAUCACUCGUUUCAUCAUCCUUAAAUGUGGCCUUGCCCUUACUGCUUUUUUCUCUACUCUGCAUGCCAUUGGCAUUCCUUUGUGGUGUGGUUACUGCGGUUGGGCAUGUGAAAUGGUUUGUAGUCAUCAUUUCCUUAAUAUCGGCGUUCUUCUUCUAUUGGGCGACCAGUAUCCUUGCCCCCCACGUCAUGCUACAGCUAUCAAACGUUUCUCCCGCGUCAUGUGUUUAUCUCGAUCUUUGUAUGUGUUAUCAAGAGUUGGUGUCAGGAUCUCGAUCGGGCCGUUUAAUUCCUAGACUCCGUCAUUUGAUGAGGCCGAAGAAAGAUUAAGCUCCUUAACUUAUGAAUGGCCAAAAGAGUCAAAUAGUCAAUGAUCAACUUUAAUUUGUGUCAAAAAAAAAAAGAAUGGCAAAUUAAUAGAGGGAAAAUAAACUAUUUUUGUUUCACACAAAGAUUCUGUUCUAUAAUUUCAUUUGGAGAAAUUAAAUUUAAAUAAUAUCUACAAAAAAAUUGUC